AUGCCGCUGAAGCUAUUCGACGAUGACGGCGAUGCCAAUAAGGACGACGUAUCAAAGAUUGAAAUUGACCAGGCGUUCGCCAAAAGAUACGAGCACAACAAGAAACGGGAAGCUCUCCAGAGAUACGAAGAGCUGCAAAAGAAAGGCCUGAUUGAUGAAUCCGAUUCCAAAUCAGAAUCAGAAUCAGAAUCAUCGGAUGACGAAGAAGAUGAGACAGAUAUUAAGAAGAAAGAUAUCAAGUUUUUUGAGAAUUUACUCAAGGUAAAAAAUCGCGAUCCUUCUUUAUACAGUAAUGUGAAACUCUUUGAUUCUGAUAAUGAAACCGACAGUAGCGAUAAAGAGGAAGAGAUUAAGGACGGUAAUGAAAAAGAUAAGAAAAAGAAACCUAUGUAUUUGAAGGAUGUGGUGGCGAAGCAUUUGAUUGAGGAAGGGCCAGAGUUUGUUGAGGAACAGUCGAUUAAGAAGGAGGAGAAGAGUUAUAACGAGGAACAAGAGGAGUUAAGAAAAGCGUUUUUGGAUGCGGUGGGGGAUGCGGAAGAGGAUGGGGAGGAGGAUGAGUUUUUGAAGGUCAAGGAGAGGAAGAAUGAGGAGGUGAGUGGGGAUGGGAAUGCUGAUGAUGAUGUGGAGUUUGAGAAGAAGUUGGGUGAUUAUUUUGGUGGGGAAGGAGAGUUGGAUGAGGGCAGCAUGUUUUUGAGGGAUUUUUUUAAGAACAAGAUGUGGCUUGGGAAAGAUGAGAAAGGUGGUCUCGGGGAAGAUGAGGUUGAUGAGUUGUUGAGAGAUGAGGAGGAGGUUGAGAGGCAAGAGAAGUAUGAGGAGAGUUAUAAUUUUAGGUAUGAAGAGAGUGUGGGGGAUAGAGUGUUGGGUCAUUCGAGGAAAGUGGAGGGGUCAGUGAGGAACAAGGAUAAUUCGAGGAAAGAGCAGAGGAAGAACAGGGAGGAGAGGAUGAAGAUUGCAGAGAUGGAGAGGAAAGAGGAGUUGAAGCAUUUGAAGAAUUUGAAGAAGAAGGAGAUGAAGGAGAAGAUGAAGAGAGUUAUGGAGGUUGCAGGGUUUAAGGAUGAUAAUGACUUCACUUUAGAUUUGGAGGACGAAUUUGAUCCUGAUGAGUAUGAUAAGAUGAUGAAGAAGGCUUUUGAUGACAAGUAUUAUGAUGCUGAGGAAGUAGAGCUGGGGUUCGGAAGUGAUGACGGUGAGAUGGAGAAGCCAGAUUUUGAUAAGGAGGAUGAGUUGCUUGGAUUUCCUAAAGACUGGGAUAUGGUUGACUCUGCUGAUGGGUUUUUAGCUGCAAGGGAAAGGAGUUUGAAACUAAAGCAGCAAAAUGGGGAUGACUACUCUGAAAAAGAAGAAGAAGAAGAAAAAAAUGGUGAAGAAAGGAGUGAGGAAAGCAAGCGGAAGAGGAAGCGAAAAAUGUCACUUGUGCAGAAAGUUAAAGAGGAAAUGUUGGAGGAGUACUACAAGUUGGACUAUGAGGAUACUAUUGGAGAUUUAAAAACGAGGUUUAAGUAUGCUAAAGUGAAUCCUAAUAGGUUUGGGUUGAAGACUGAAGAGAUAUUAGACAUGGAUGACAAGGAGUUGAAUACAUAUGUUUCUAUAAAAAAACUUGCACCGUAUAGGGAUAAUGAAUGGAAGGUACCCAAUACUAAGAAACACCAACAGAAGAUGAUGAUUAAGGAGCGUUUGCAAGGGAAAUUUAAUAAGAAGAAUAGGUCGAAAGAUAACAAAGACAAGUCAACUUCAGCUCUAGGUUCCAAACAAGAUAGGACAGAAAAGUUGGAUGAAUCAAAUGAUACUGGCAACUUAUCCAGGAAAGCCAAGAGAAGGCGUCGCCAAGCAGAGCUCAAGUUAUCACACUCUCGGCUCAUUGCAUAUGGGAAGGUCCAACCUUAA